AUAAACAUGAUCAUGUAGAAAACAACUUGUAUUGCUUAAAGUGUUUGUAUUUCUUUUAAAUUAUAAUUAUCACUUUUAUUAGUAUAGAAACAGAUAGUAAACAAGUGCAGAGAGAUAAGGAUGUGACAUGUAACAUUUUUUAUAUAUAAUUUACUAUCUUUUUUCCCCCAUUUCACAAUGUUUUUAACAGAAUCAUGUCACACCACUGUCAAUCUUCAGUCAUGGCAUAUGACAACUGUUCUACACCCAGUGAAAAGUAGAAAGUAUGUGUGGCUGCUGAAGAGUCACUUUAUCCUCCUUCAGUCACUGGGUGUUGCUCCUGUAUGUAUAAGAAAUGUACAAAGGUUGAUACCUGUAAACAGAAUAUUUUCUUUUUGCCUAGCUGUCCUGCUAUUUUUGCAUGGAUUAGUCUGUAUUAUUAUACUGUGUAUGUUUUCAGUAUGUCUUUCCAAAAGUUUCCAAAAGAAUUUAAAGAACAAGUUAGCCAGGAAUCUAAAGGCUUUAGGGGGAAAGGUUUCCGGUUGAUUGCAGACAAACAGCUGUACUCUGUGUCUGUGCUCGUCUUUCUGGAUUUUUACACAACAGAGGUGCACAUCAUCUGAAGUCUUAGUCAUGGCUGAUGUUCCUGGUCGCGGAGACAGCGUUUCUCCUUCAGGCACCGUAGCCUUCACAGCCAAGCUGAACAUCAGUGACAGCUACCCCUGUCACUCUGGGGUCCUCAAGUUUGCCACUGUGCUGCUCAACGAGGGAGGAGGCUACAGUCCUAGCACGGGCAUCUUCACCUGCACCGAGGAUGGCUUCUAUCACUUCACUGUGAAUGCAUCAGUCUAUGGGCGUGGGCAGUGUGGUCUGUUCAAGAACGGAGAGAAAGUAGUGUCUCUGUAUCACACAUCCCUCCCUGAUAAAUGCAGCCAAGUGGCCAGUGUCAGCUGUGUGGUCAAACUGCGGAAGGGAGACGAGGUCUGGGUGAAUCUCUGGGGGCCUGGCAGGAACGACAUCUUUGCAACUGAGGAUAAUGACACUGUCUUUUCUGGGUUUCGUUUGGGUUAAUAACAUCAGUGUCAAAAUGUCAGUCGGGUUUGUUGGUGUUUUCCUGGUGAAUAUAGGAAAACAGUGUUUUAUAACAAAACAAAACCAAACGCAUGUGCCUUUGCAUCAAUAAAUGUAAUUGUUUUAAUGAAACAAACUGAACUGUGUCAAUCAAUUGCUACAUGCCAAUAUUAAUACAAUAAAAUACAU